AGCCCCAAAAAAGCAUACAUCUUUUGCACUUGAACAAACUUUUUACUGGGAGAACGUGUGUCGUCUCUCUUCCCUCUCAGCAGAUCACUCCGUUGACUCUGUACCAGACGUAAAAAAAGAUCGAAACAUUCGGAGCCAGCCAUGAGCUCGGUUUUGCAGGGUUUAACGAAGUCACUCGCCAUGACUUUCGUGUCGGAGAUUGGCGACAAGACGUUUUUCGCUGCAGCUAUUCUGGCGAUGCGUUAUCCGAGGAGACUUGUGUUGGCUGGUUGUGUAUCGGCUCUAAUUGUCAUGACUAUCCUCUCUGCUACUGUUGGAUGGGCUGCUCCUAAUCUGAUCCCUCGCAAAUGGACGCAUCACAUAACAACAUUGUUGUUUUUUGGUUUUGGGUUAUGGUCUUUAUGGGAUGGUUUUAAACAAGGAGGAGGAGGGGGCUCAGAAGAAUUAGCUGAAGUUGAAGCAGAACUGGAUUCUGAUUUGAAGGCUAAUGGCAAAGCUACAAAAGACAAAGUUGAAGAUGAAAACAAAAAGCAGAAAAGGCCGUUCCUCACACAGUUCUUCUCUCCAAUUUUUCUCAAGGCAUUUUCAAUUAAUUUCUUUGGUGAAUUUGGUGACAAGAGUCAGCUUGCUACAAUUGGUUUAGCCGCAGAUGAAAAUCCGUUUGGGGUGAUCCUUGGUGGAGUUUUCGCACAACUGUUGUGCACCACUGCUGCUGUGAUUGGCGGAAAAAGCUUAGCGUCUCAGAUAUCGGAACGAAUAGUUGCUCUUUCUGGUGGAAUGCUUUUCAUUAUCUUUGGCAUCCAGUCGUUUCUUACUUCUGUAGAGACCUAAUGCUUCCCCAAACCUUUCUUUCUGGUUUUGUAGGGAGAGCUGAAGAUCUUCAUUGAUGAAGAACGUUACCUAUCCAUAGUUUCUUAGAUAUUUAAUACGAGAUGUUUACAAAAGUUAUUACAAAUCUAAUCUGAACUAUUUUCUCCCGUGAAAAAAAAAAUUAAACUUGGCUGAAGCAGCCCCAUCUAAGUAUCUAACAUCAGUAAUGUUUUAGUUAAUCUGUGGUUUUUUAGUUAUU